AAUGAAUACAAAGUCAUUUGAGGUUUUGAUUCACUCAUAGUUUGCUUUCCAUAAGUGCAGAUCAGAAGUUCAUAAAUAUGAAGAUUGCAGACAAACUACAUCACCUAUUCCUAAAGAUCCAAGGUUAUGUAGAGAUAAAGCAAGAGAAUUGGUUGGAUGUUAUAAAGAGGCGUAAUUAUUGGUAAAAAAAGGUUAGCGAAAGGAUGCAUCCUCUAUGCUUGGCACCAUUUAAUGAUGUAAGGGAAUGUGUUUUUAAGGCUGAUGGCAAUAUCUUUAAUUGUAAAAAGGAGGCACAGUAAUUUGUUGAUUGUUAAAUGGAUUAAGAAAAAUAUUAAGAUUUCUUAUCUGUAAUUAAAAUAAUCAAUCAAACUAGCUUUCAACUGAUAAAUAGAAAGAAGCCUUAUAAUUUGAUUUCUUUAACUACAGAGGACAUUUUGACAAAUAUAGUUGAA